AUGCUUGAUAACGCAAUCCCAGAGCAUUUAAGGGGCGAUAGAACCCUCCAGGCAAACACACCCUCGGCUGAUUUUCAACCAGCGUACCCAUCGUACAGCGCGCGGUUCCCUGAGAAGGCCACCGAGCUUGUCAUGGCCCUUAUUGGUGCCCAAUAUAAGACAAAGACUGAAGCGGACGGUGUUGGCCAAUCCAAAAUCUCCAACUUCUUGGUGUCCGAUGAAGCACGCCCUUCCUUCCAUGAAUGGGCAUCGUUCAUAGACAACAAGGGAUAUUACAAUCUGGUGGCCUUUGCUUACUGGCCAAGCACGGCUGAUUAUGAGGCUUGGGGCAAGGAAUCAGGCUUCAAGAAGUGGUGGGAGUCUCUUGACGUCGAGGAUCACUCUAAUGGCUGGUUCCUGGAGGUAUUCCAUCCUCCCAUGCACCGGCUCGAGACCCUUUUCAAUACCCAGACCGCUGAAGGCUCAGGCCACCUUAUGGAGGCCUGGAGUGGUGAGAUCCAACAACAUGGGUAUUGGGGUAGUAUGCGGGAUCGGCUGCCGAUAGCCCUCACAGAUAGUCUGGAGGGCACCAAAAUGAGCAUCGAUCCUUCAGGGGUUCAAGGCCGCGUGCGUGUUCCCGGCAAACACAAUCUUGCAAUCAUCCGUUCCGGCCAAGACUGGCUCAUUACCACGCCGGAGGAACGAGAGCUGUAUCUUAAUACCAUGCAACCCGUCCUCAUCCAAGGCAUGGAUUUCCUCCGUGAUCAUGGUGAGGAGGUAGAUUGUUACAGCUGCCGGUUCAUGGACGUGAUUGACCCAGCCACUCGUGCAGCGGAUAAGGAUCGAACAUUUGGACUCGCUUAUUUUAGCGAUCUGAAGUCACUUGAGAGCUGGUGCAAGGAGCAUCCUACGCAUCUUGCCAUCUUUGGUGGAUUUUUCCAAUAUGCAAAGAAGUUGAAAUAUAACGUGAAUCUGCGAGUGUUUCACGAAGUCAUGGUUCUCGAACCGGAGCAGCAGUUCUUUGAAUAUAUACGCUGCCACCCAGGUACGGGAAUGUUACAGUGA